GUCGCGGGCGAUGUCUAGUUUUCUAUAUUUUCAUGCCAAUAUCAUUGCCAGUUGUACGAAUGUAUGAACAGAUUUAACACAAGCACUAUUUUAUGUUGAAAUAUAAUUUAUUUUAUUGCAAUAUAAGUUUUGCUCUUGACUUUGUUUGUGUAAAAUAAUAAUUAUUUAAAUUUUAUGUAUUAUGAACUCUGAGAGCCGAUUAAUCAUUACUUAAACAUUCGCUUAGUUUUGGUUUGUCAUUCUAGAUUAAGCUAGUGUGUCAUUCCCUUAGUGGCCAUUUAGUGAUACUGAAUGCAGUAGCGUUUGCGUUUUAAAACAAAUUUGCGUCUCUAUAUUUGUCUCUUUCUAUCGUCUGGAUGUUAUAUCUUCUUUCGCUUUCAUGUAACGUAUUUCCCUAAAUGUGACGCGUCCUUGAAAAUACUCAGACAUACGAAAAAUUUCUUUUAUAUAUCAUAUUGCGUAUAAUUUAUUUUAGAAGUGCACGUGUUUUUUUUUAUUGAAUUUCACAUAAAAUGUGUACAUAAGUUGUAGAGUAAACAUUUGAAAUGUUAACAUUUGUAUUUUUAUUCCUUAUUGCGUUUGUUAAUUUAAGUAUUGAGGCUGACAAAGAUGACGACUAUCCGAUAGGCGCUACGAUCGGAACCAUAGCAGCUGAAAGAGAUAUAGAAAGAAGAAGAAAUCGUUUAGGACCACUCAGUCGGCCUAAGAAGGCUCUGAGAAUCCGCAAUGAAUUCAUGGUGAAGAACCGAGAGGCGUUACGGAUCAAAGGCGGCAAUGCGACAGACACAAAGAAUUACCCAUACAUGGCUGCCAUCAUUAUAAAUGGCAGAUUGUGGUGUGCAGGCACUAUUAUUGAUGUUAACUGGGUUGUUACAGCUGCACAUUGUCUUAAUUAUGUCCUGCACGUAGCUCCGCUGAAGGCGUUAGGCGAGUUUGUAAAGGUGCGCGUGGGCAGCGCGAUGGCACACGAGGGCGGUGUGCUGGUUGACGUCAUUGGCGCCGUCAGACAUCCCAAGUUCGAAGAGGAACCGGUGCCACAUGCGGAUGUCGCACUUCUCAAACUAUCGGAGAACCUUGAAUUUGAUGAAUAUAUCAGCCUGAUCAAGAUAUACGAUGGCCUUCAGGAGCCGUAUGCCCAAAGUUUUGUCGCUGUUUCUGGAUGGGGUGCCACUAAUGGUGGGGACACUGCAUUCAGAGAUCAGACGCCGGACUUGCUCACUGCGAGGCUCAAAGUGCGAACUAAAAACUACUGCAUCGAUGCAUAUCAGCUCGUAAACGGCUUCCAGUUCACUGCUGACUUCUUCUGUGCAUCACUUAGGAACGGCAGCAGGGACGCUUGUCUUUUUGACGCCGGAGCGCCCGCGAUACAGAGGAACCAGCUGAUGGGUAUCAUGAGCUUCGGCCCCGAGAAGUGUGGACACCCGCACCAGCCUUCCGUCUUCGUCAAAGCUUUCUACUUCAAGGAUUUCGUAUCAACAACGAUAGCGUCAUACAAGACGACUCACGAUCUCGUGGAGGCAAUAAAGGAGAUCGAGCCUGAGAUAGCGGGGCCAGUGGCACGGCCUGUGCCUGAGCCGGAAGGGGAGACUGCCGACAGGCACUACAGUGAAGAGGCGACACCUGCUAUUUAGGAAUAAAUCCAGUUUCCACUAACGCGAAUAAUAACAGAGCAUUGGAUUUGUACUUAAUUAACAUAAAAAUUUAAUACAUUUUAGUCAUAAGGUAAUUUUAUGUACUAACGCCUUAAAAAGGGCAAAAUGUGCAAAUAAAUAAAUUGCCACAAUUGUUGUGGAAAUAAUUGCGUGCAAUUAAUAACUUAAUGAAAAAAGGGUUUACGUAAUCGUGCAAAAUUUAUUUUUAGGAACUUAUAAGUAAACAUAGAGUAAUAAAACAACAGAGUGAACUUAUUAUUUAUUUUAAUACAUAACUACAAGUGGUCACCGUACAUAACGGUGACAAUCAUUGCCAUUUUGGCGAGCUUAAUUUUUGGUAGACUUAAAUUAACACAAAACAUAAUUAAAUUUAACACGCUACUGUGUUGUAUGGGCAUCGGAAUAAAUCACAAAUAAGUAAAAACAUGAUUUUAUACGUUUUUUUUGCAAUAUGUGUAACAAAUUACACGAUUAGACAAUUUUCUUUACUUGCAACAUAUAUAUUAUUUGUAAUUCUCAAAAUCCGAUGUCCAUAGACAAUUACAUAGUGUUUUUAAAUUAAAUUUCGUACACAGAAAAUAGACCACAAAUUAAGCUUAACAAUUCUCCACAAUCAGACAUUAUACGAAAAACUUACCUAAUUAAUGAAAAAAAAAACAAAAAACAUACUUAAUAGACGUCAAAAUAUAAUAAAAUAGAGACAAAAGUAAUAUUAAGCUUACAAUACAGACUUUCCUCACUUAUUACUCUGUUCCAGAAUUAAUACCAAAGCUCUUUCAAAGGCCCCAUUCAUACCAAGUUACAGCAUAUAUUAAAAAAAACUGAAUA